AUGGAUGCUAGAAAUCCGGUCGAGUUGCCUGUCGGCGAUGCACGCAAGAAAUUGGAAUCGUUAAUCAAGCGCGCCGCUGCAAAAGAUGCUAUUAAGGACUACAAUGCGGCUGCGGAACUCUACUCAGAAGCUACUGAAAUUCAGGCUCACUUGAACGGAGAACUAUCCCUCGAGAACGCCGAUCUUCUGUUCACCUACGGGAAAGCUUUAUACAACGUCGCUAUUAGCAAGAGUGAUGUUCUCGGCUCAAAGGUCGCCGGGAAGACGCAACCGCAGCCGGUGCCAGAAGAAAAGGGCGCUCCAGUCAAACCGGUCCCGGUUGCUGAUAACCUCAUCAAGAAUGCCGUGUCUUCAAGCUCCUCGAUCCAGGAAAUGAAGCCCCGGGAAGUGGUUUCACAAGACGCCGGGAGCAAAGCGUAUUUCCAGUUUACUGGCGACGAAAAUUUCGACACUGACUCGGACGAGGAUGACGACAAUGUUGCUGCUGCUGCGGAAGAAGAAGAAGAAGAAGAUGAUGAUGAUGACGAUUUCGCAAACGCUUUCGAGGUCCUUGACUUGGCUCGGAUCCUCUAUCACAAGAAGUUGAACGCUUUUGAAGAAAAGAAUGGGAAAGGCAAAUCCACAGAUUCUGUACCGGAACUCAAGGACAUUAAGGAGCACUUGGCUGAUACAUACGACCUCCAAGCUGAGAUUUCACUAGAGGGCGAGAGAUUUUCAGAUGCUGUCACAGAUCUAAAGACAGCACUCGAACUCAGACAGUCGCUGUUUCCAAUGGAAGACCCAUCGAUUGCUGAAUGUCAUUACAAACUGUCUCUUGCCCUUGAGUUCGGCGCCGUUAAGCAUGAUGAUGAAUCAGGAGGUGAAAUCAAGCCUGUCAAGGUGGAUGAGGAAAUGAGGAAAGAGGCAGUCACUCAAAUGGAAAGAGCUAUUGAGAGUUGCAGUGUCAGAAUGGCUCAAGAGCAGAAAAAGAUGGAAACAGAUGAUUCCUUGGAUGAGGACAAGCGUACAGCUCUAAACCGGAGAAUAGCCAAUGUGAAGGAAAUUAUAUCAGACAUGGAGCAGAGGCUGCUCGAUCUUCGACGUCCACCGGUAUCUGUCGAGAAGGGACUCGAGGACCAGGAUGAAAAUAUGAUCAAAGGAAUUCUGGGGCAAAUCAUGGGCGAGUCGGACAGCAGCAAACAGACCCUGCUUGACGUUGCUACACAAAAUGCCACCGAUCUCUCCGCAUUUGUCAAGCGCAAGCCAGCCAGCAGCAGGCCAUCCCAAUCGGAUAACUCUGCUUCAAAGCGCCCUGUACAAGGGGAUGCAAUUAAAGGAGACCCCAAGAGACCUCGAGUGGAUGAUGGCGAUGCAGAGGCCAAUUGA